CACAGAAGCAGUGUCCGCCCCAGUUUAGCUGGAUGUUAGAAGCAGGAGCUCCUACCAGGGAAAAUAACUUAAAGACUCUUCCCUUGGGAGGAAAAAGUGGGCCAGGCAGGGCGGGCGUUAGAUUUUCCUGUUCAUGGAGUUCUUUUUCAGCAAUAAAUCCUUUCUUCCUCCUUAUUCCUUCGCUAGCUGCAGAGCUGCCUGGAAUUCUGGGGGUUGCGGGGAUGGCGAAUCAUUCAGAGGAGGACCAGGGGCUAGGAGCUGGCCGUUGUGCUGAACUGAAGGGCUCGCUGGGGGAAACAUCGUCGCCUGCUUCCUUUUGCCUGGCGUCCUGCCUAUCAUUGCCCGGGCUACCCCAAAACUAAACAUUUGUAAAGGGGAAGCAUGGAGCUCAGAAGGGGAAAGACUUUCAUCAAGUCCAGUUUACAGAUUUCCAAUGAGAAACCAACAGAGGCUGCCUUCCGGAAUAAGGAAGCUGGGACCUUCAGGCCAAGAUUAGCAGAAACUGAUGGAAGGCCCUUGGAGGAGGAGAACCAAAAAGCAGGUUUGGCUUCUCAUAAACAUUACAGGUUCUCCAACAAGGUCACACGUUUGAUACCUGAUGAAGACCUUGGAGCUUCUUGUGGGUCUUCCUACAAACUAGUACGGAAGAGCAAGACUCAUGACUGUGUGAUGGGAGCAGACAAACCUAUAGGAAGGCUGGUUAACAGUAUUAGCUUUUCUGGUCUGGGAAGCCACCCAGGAGCCCAUGGUAGGAGAACACCAGCAGAGAGCCCUAGCCCAUCCAGUUGCAGUGGUCAGCAAAUGAUUGAUUACCGUCACUUUGUGCCCCAAAUGCCCUUCGUGCCAGCUGUAGCCAAGAGCAUCCCCAGGAAGAGGAUUUCUCUGAAGAGAUCCAAGAAGGGGUUUCGGGAUAUAUUCCACAUUAAGAAGAACAAGUCAGAAAGCCUGACUAUGCUGAUGGGGAAAGGCAAAAACCUGCCAUCUCCAGGAGGUGAAGGGGAACUCUCCGGAGGGCUAGGCAAGUCUUUCUUCAAACCUGGGGAGACACUGGCUGCUGAUAGUUUGGCUCAGGACUUGUCUGACAGUGAGCUACAGUCAGAUUCCUCCUACGACUACUGUGGGGCCCUGUGUGAAGAUGUGGCUUCCCUGAAGAGUUUUGACUCUCUUACUGGCUGUGGGGAGAUUUUUGCUGAUGAGGUAUCCGCCUCCCUGGAGCUGGGGGGCAGCCAGGAGAUUUUGGCCCGGAGGCCGAGAGCCAGAGAGAACACAUCUGCCGUGGGCUCCUUCCAGGGAGGGGUAGAACAGCUGGCCUCCCCGGCUCAGAACGAAGCUACUGACUUUGCCAAGUUCUGGGACAAUAUCAACUGGUCAGUGAGGCGACACCAAAGUGCAUUGUUUGAUCACAAGCCAGAGGGCUCCAAGGCCGCUGAGGCUGAAAGGCCCAAAUAUGAGCCGGCCCUGCUGGCUGAUCUUCCAUUGUCCCCUGGUGGUGACCCUGACAGCUCCAAAGAUAGCUCCAUAGACACUGGAACUCCAAAGAGUGAGCAUCAGGAAUCCACCUCCACCAGUGAUGAAGGUUAUUAUGAUUCUUUCUCUCCAGGCCUAGAGGAGGAGGGAAAGGAGGCCCAAAGUCCGGGGGUGCCUGGUGGCCGGUUCCAGGAUAGCUACAGUGGUGAUGCUCUUUAUGAGCUCUUCUAUGACCCCAGCGAGACUAAGAUCAGCCCCAUCCUGGAUGAUGACCUGUGUGUGUCGGAGAGCCUUUCUGAGCAGGCGGUUGAAAUCCCCCUGUCCAUCUACAGCUUCCAUGUAGGGGCUGAGGAGAACUUAGCUCCUCAGCCGGCCCUGGACAUCAUCAGUCAGAGCUUCCUACACAGCACUUGGAAAGGGAAGGAGUGCCUCUUGAAGUUGUGUGACACAGAGCUUUCUCUCACCAUGGGCAUCAUUAACUGGCUCCGUAGGAACACAGAGCUCGUUUCACCCUCAGAUCGGGCUCAGACCUUGUCAGCACCAAUAAAGGAAGGUGGGGACCCUCCUGCUUGUUUGGGGCUCCAAGAAACAGAAGGAGCAACUAUUCCUCUGGGAUCUGGGAAGGAAGGCUCAAGUGAGGAGGAAACUCUCAACCCAGAAUCACUGUCUUGCCUAGAGCAAGUGACCAACAGGAGACAUUUUAAUCAUGAAACAGCAGAAAAACAUAAAGAAGUACCUCAAAGGGAAAAUACAUCUCCAGAUGAGGGGCACAGAUGUUCCUCAGAAGUGGGCAGGUCUUGUGUGGCUACUCCACCCCAUCCAGGAGCUGGUGGAUGGCAGAUGUACUUGUCUGAGAAGGAUUUGGUUUCCAGGGAGAGCAGAUCUCUAGGUGAGACCCCUCCAGCCGCUGGAGAGCCAUUUAAAGAACUUCUGCAUGCUCCCUCACAGAUAUCCACAGAGCAAGGAAAAGGCCAGUCUUCAUCAGAGCCUCCCUCUCAGCCAGUAAAGUCAGGAGAAGUCACUCUGGUAGAUGCCUUGGAUGAACACAAAGUUCCGAGUCCCUCUUCUUGCCCCAGUGCCCAUGAAAAACCAAGUUCACCCUUGAGCCUAAAAUGCUUUCAAAGCCAGACCAGCUCUGGCCUUAAAAGGGGUGAACCUGACAUAAUGCCCGUCCUGGAAAGCUGCAUGGCACAGGUGGCAGCCCUGAAGAUAAGCUAUGAACAGAAACCCCUAGCUGAGUGGUGCCUCAGGAAGGAAGAGGGCAGCACUCUGUGUAAGAGACAGAAGGUGGGGAGCCACUGUGUCUUGCUACAAAAUGAAUGCAACUGUAACCCUCCCAGUUCUGGAUAUCCCCUUCUCUCUCCAACUGGGAAGCUUCAAGAAGUGCCCACAAACCCAAACCUGGGGCUAAAUCCCUGGCAUAAUCAUAAAAACCAGGCAAGUUUCUUAAACCACAUGAGCCAAGUCUCAUCAAAUAGAAUCAACUUUGAAUAUGCUCAGCUGAAUGGUCAAGCCCUUUCCUAUAUCCAGGACCUUCACCUCCAGCUCAGCCCUGGAGACUCCUCAGUGGCCACACAGGAGGAUCAACCAAAAUUCAUACCUCUGUUUGCCUCCUGUGGCUCAGUAGAGCCUAGAGCCUUCCCCCAGGCCUCGUGUGCAGGGAGCAGCUCCCCACAAAGCUUAUGCCCAUGUUCAGAUAUAAAGAUACCUGGUUCUACCUCUGGGAGCCCCCUGGAAUGUCACCAUAACCUUCUGGCCCGUGUGGGGGCUCUCCCCUGUCAUGCUGAGGUGAUGACUCCAAGCCCGGCCGUGGCAGAGACCAACCUAUGAGAGCUUCUCUAGUGAAAGGAGGAAUAGUAUCAAGGAAUUGGCAUGGAUAUCAUUCUGACUCCUCAACUGGGGCUCUAUCCAAGGUUGUCGUGCCUACACUAGAGUGGAUCCAACAUCAAACACAACAAAUCUUCCUUUCCCAGCCACAAAGAAGCAGAGUAUCCAUCUGUGAAUUCAAAUUCUGUAGCUACCCCUGAUGAAUACGUCUAGGGACAUCAGAUCAGGUCUUCUCAAAACCUGUGCAGCCAUGAGUCCAGAAGGCUCAAGGCCAGGUUCAGAAAUUGACUUUGGUAUCUGUGGAUACAAUCAGUUGUCCUGUUUGGGAAUUAGCUGUCCUCCGGUUAUUUGGUUACAAUGCAGACUCACAGUCAUAUUAAAAAUGUCAUUUUUGUUGAAAAUUGUAAAUAUGGGGCAGGUAAGCACUGCUGUUUUUAAUGGAUAUGUCAGCCAAUCUAUUUUCUCCCCUUUGGAUUCUGUGUAUCUCCAUUGAAAGUCCACAUGUGACUUGUCUGAAGCUGAUAUGAUGAAUAGCAUUUUGAUAACAGCUCUUUUAUGGUUUGAUUUUGUAAUAGAGAUAGUAUUUGUAUGUUGAAUUACCUCCUGGACCUUGCCCCCAAACUCCUAAUUCUUUGGAAAUAUGUAGUGGAAAUGUAGAAACAAAACCAAACAGUUUUUACCAGCAUCUUGGGAAAAAAGAUCAUCUACCAUGUUUUCAUUUACAGGGUAAAACACAUUACAAAGAAAAAAAUAUAUAAGGGAAUGUUCAGACUUCUUAGUGUAUACAGAUUUACUUAUUUCAAGUAUUGCUUGAAAUAUUCAAGUUGUAAGCAGUGACUUACAAAUCUGUUUGGGCCAUAAGCUCAUUGCUCAGUGACCAAUUAUUGCAAACUGAGGACAGCUUACCUAAAUUGUACAUACAGUGCCUAGCAGGAAAUAGCCUCUGAAAUGCAAGUCUUGCAUGUCCAAAUCUGUGACAGUGACAAGUCAUCAGAAAUCUCUGUGGUAAUGAAAUUUCAUCUAGGAUAGUAGCCAAGGCUUGGAAUAUUACUAUCCAAUACAAUUUCUGAAUACCUAUAAAAAUAUAAAGGCAAUGGAGUCAAGAGAAAUAGUUGUUUGAUCUAUUGCUGGGGCAUAUCUUCUCCUUCUAAUUCUUCUCUCUUCUCUUUCUCUACUCCCCACUCAAGAAAACUUUUUACUCUCUGAAGCUGACCUCCACCAGGUAGAUAUUUGACUAAAGCAACUGACAACAAAAAAUCAGUCAGUCAGUCAACAAGCAUAUUUUUUAAGCACUUACUAUGUGCCAGGUAUUAUGAAAAGCUCAGGGUAUACAAAGAAAGAUAGAAGCAGUGAAUUAAUUUGUUUAACUCUUGUCAAGGACUACAUUCUCCCCAAAUGUAAGCUCUAGCUUAUAGGCCUAAAUUAAUCUCCAUUUGAUAGUAUUGAGUGGGAGAAGAUUUCUUUUUGGUUCAGAAAGCAUAAGGGGGAGAAGAAUCCUACUAUUCAUUGUUCAACUUCCCUGUCCUUCAAAUAAGUCUUUUAUAAAAUGAGAGAUUUAGACUAGAAAAUAUCUAAGGUAAGAGACCUUAGUCCAAUUAUCUUAUGAUCCUUUGUAAGAAACUAUAGGAAGGAUAGAAUUUCAAUACAAUGAAGCAGUUGUUGCUGAAGGAGUGUGAGUCAGUUGGAAAAAUAUACAAAUGAGCUAUAGAGAAGAUCCAGAAAUAGGGAAGAAAACUUGUGGUAUGAGGGACUUUUGGUUUGUGGGUGCCCCUAUAGUUAGGCCCAGGAUGGCUGUCAGAAUUCUAUUUUGAACAGAGGGCUCUUUUCACAUAGUAAUGCUAUCCAAGUGAAGGAUCAUCAUAUCACUCUGCUGGUGACUAAGGCUCAGUAUAAAAAAGACUCCAGAGGGUCAAUUUGGCUAAAAUUUGAAAUGAAAAUGAUUCUGGAGUGGCAUUAGCCAGGUGAGUGGUAUUAUGGCCUUAUACCAUGACUUGAACAGCCCUUUGUUUUCUGUAGUUUAAGUCCUUGGAAAUGGUUCUUAAUUUCAAAGGCAGUUUUUAAAUAUGCAAAAUCUUUGCAUGUCUGAACCUGAGACUACUCCAUUCAACAGAACUUAUUACAAGUAUCUUUUAUUUAGCAAAAUAAUACCCAAAGAAAUGCAACAAGCUUUGGCCAUCCUGAUAGUAUUGUUGGGUAGAGUAUGAGGUUAGAUUAGAAGCAGAUGAAAUAGUAUCAAAAGGCAAAUGGAUUUCUUUCAUGAGCUCUGUGUUUUUAAAGGCACAUGAUCUGAUUUUCCCCUUAGCGUCCUAGAUGACAAUUCAAUAAAAUGGGUUAAGAAAGCUUGGUCUUUCUUCUGACUGCACACCAAAAAUGAUCUCUUUUUGGACUUGACUAACUGACUCGGAUGAUUCUGCAUGGAAUAAUCUAAAUUCAGACUGAGAUGCAUCGAGAAUAAGCUUCUGUUGAAGAAAAAGAUUGCUUUUUUCUAAUGAUGACAUGAAAAAGUCUAGCUUUGGAGAGAGUACAUUGGAAAUGUUCAGUCCAGGGAAGCCCUUCUGUUGGCCCCUUGGGGACUCUUCAGUCCUAGUGCAUUAACAUUACUUACAAAACAUGCAUGGGAGAAUGUAAAUGAGAAGUGUGUAUAUACAGUUUCUUUGUGUCCUCUUAAAGAAUUUAUUGGUUAUGAUGUUCUUUAUUAAGCCCCAACAGUGCACACCUAUUUGCAUGUAUAGAAGUAAAAACAUAGUACAAUUCAUAAAAUGAUCCCUUAUUUGAAGUAAACACUGCCAGAACCUUUAGCUGUCUUCUGCUUGGUUCCUGUCUAAAGGCAGGAAUCGCAUGUCUUCCGAUUCUGUCUCUAAUUUCGUAUUCACCCCCAGACAUGAUGGACACUAAUGCAUGUUCUAGGAAUGCUGGGUAAGUGUGAUGUGGUGACUUAGGGUUAUUUGUAAUAGAUUUUCAUUAACAAGACAUCAGUAUCAAAUACCCUUGGGGAAUGGACAUGUUCUGCUUUUGCUUGCAAGUGUUUUCAAAGUUAUGUGAUUAAAUAUAAAAGUGAUUUGUAGCUGCCAUGGUUCUUGGGAAAAUGGAAAAUCAAAUGCUUUUUUAUUGUUUGAAAAGGCAGUGCAGUGUAGUAGACAGAGAAUAUUGUAUCUGGAGUUAAAGGACUGAGAAUUGAGUUUUGUUUUACACCUACUAGCUCUGUGACUGUGGGAAAGAUGUUUGGCUUCUGAUCUCAGUUUCUUCCACUAUAAAACUUGGAUAAUAAUAAUUUAUAUUUUGUACCUUUCUGUACUAUUGUGAACAACACACUACAUGAGAGUGAGCUGUUAUUAUUUAUUCCCUUGACUCUGGUCAUACUGUGUGGAGGCAUUUUCAAUGACAGUGCUAUUGGAGAGAGGACUAAUAGCUGAUUUGUGCAUUAGCUUUGCUGUGGCAGAUUCUUUUCUGAGCAUAAUUGGUAUAUUUCAAGAGUAAAUGUUUUAAAGGAAAAAAGGGUUUACAAAAGGAAGGUGAGAUGAGUUAGAAUCUGAAUUAGGGUGAUGCCUUCCUUCUCAUAUUCACCUAAUAAAACUCAAAUGCUCUCAGAGGUGGAUGUGGAAUUAAAUUAAUCAGCAUUGAAGUAGAGGAAAUGAUCUCUAGAUUUAAGUCUCCCUUCUAUGAUGCCUCCAAAAACUGACCUUGAGUUUGUACCCCAAAUAACUAACCACUUGAUAGAAUGUAUUUGACAAGAUAGUGAUGGUGGCUGUACUUGUAAGGAUUCUGAUGUUCCUUGUUUAGCCUCCCUGUACCAUAAAUAAGCCCAGGAAGAAAGCAAAUAUAUUGAAUCAGUAUUGUUUUACACAUACACCUCUUGUACCUUUGCAGCCACCAUUUUUUCAAGAGAUGUGAGGAAGGGAAGAAGCUCAGUAAAAAUGAAAUAUCCCAUUGCUGGGAAAGAUGAGUUUUUCUGAGUGUAGUUAGAAUAUUUCAGGGGUGUGUUGCCCUUUUCUAAUACAUUUAUCAUAUAUUAUAUUUAUCUAUCUAUGUAUGUAUUUUACUAUCCUAUUAGAUUAUAAACUCCAUAAAGACAGUGUGUUUUAUCUAAAAUUUAACUUUGUUUCUCUUACUCCUGGCAUCUAGUGGUCUUAUGUACACAAUAGGUGCUUAAAAAGUAUUUGUUGAAUUGAGUUAAUUUCAUCACUAUGCUAUCCAAAGCUGGGUAAUAAUGAAUCAAGUCAUAAGGGUUUUCUCUGAAUUAUGCUCUUGCUGCUGUGGAGAGUGAAAGGACUUAAAAAUGAAAAUGAAAGCUUAAUUAAUAAUGAUGAUGAUGACCACAAAAAUGAUUAUAAACCCCCUUUUAAUAGGCACUUUAGGGUUUACAAAGCCCUUUUCUUUAUACCUGCCUAUGAGGCAGAGUAUAAUUCUGUAGAAGUUAAUAAAACCCAAGUUAUCUUUUCUUCAGGUGUAGUUCAUUUAUUCCUUCACUCAACAUAUAUUGAAUAAAAGAUGUGCAAGACUCUAUUCUUGGUGCUAGUGAGUAUACAACGAUAUAUAAGAACCCAUUCCUCUUUCCUCAAGGAAUUUACAUCCUAGUAGUUUAUCAUGUAGGACUUUUGACUCAAGAGGGAAGGGGCAGUAUGAUGUAGUAGAAAGAACAUGUGACUCAGAGUAAGAAGACUGGGUCCUAGCUCAGCCUUGUAUUAGCUAAAGAAUCUUAAAUAAGUCAUUGCACAGAAUCACUGAAGUGGAAAGUAACUCAUUUUAUAAAUACAAGCUAUUAUUACUUACUCCCUUGAACUUUAAUUAUUGAAUGGUGUGAAAAGCUUUUUUUUUUUUUUUUAAUGAUUUACUAUUGAUGAUUGGACUAAUAUUUGCUACAUAAAUUAACUAUGUAUGACUGGGCUUUUUCUGAAUAUAGUUGGUAUAUUUCAAGGGUAAAGUGUUUGUAGAAGGAGAAAGUGGAGAAUGUGAGGGGAGGAGGAUCAAGGAUCACAAGACAAUAUUUAGUCCAACUUGUACCUGAGAAACAUUUCUUUCUACCAUACAUUUCAAAUGGUUAUAGAUUCUUUGCUUCAAAGUAUCAUGUAAAUGAUAAAAGGCCUUCUACAUUUGGAUAGCUCUAAUUAUUAGAAUUUUUUUCCUUUCACUUCUCUGGACCUCAGUUUCCUUAUUUGUUAAAUAAGAUGUAUGAUUCUGUAACCUGACUGAUGUUACUUCUCAUACUGAUGUAUGUAAUUAAAAGCAAUAUUGUAUCCACUGAAAGUCCUAAAAACAUGUUUUAGAAACACUCUAUAAAAUAUUUGAGUCAACCAGCAAUAAAGAAAACCAGUUUCAUUAAAUAUUGUUUUUGAAGGAAAAAAAUAAAUGCAGCCUUAUGUUGA